AUGAGUAAAAGGUUGAUCAUUAAGAAUGUACCAAAAGCAUUAAGUAAAACAGAUGUUAUUGAUAGGUUGAAAAAGUUAUGUCAUAAUUCACCUGCUGUUACAAUCACAAUACCAAUUACAAUGCCACCAGGUUUAGAAUUACCAGCGGAAUCAACCAUUGCAUUUCUAAACAUCAAUGAUAUUACUCAAUUAGUUCAUUAUAAGAAUUCAUUGCAUAAUAAACUGAUUGGUGAGAAUAAGAUUCAAGUUGAAAUUUAUGAGGCACCAAAGCCUGUUGUUUCAAAGGUUGUCGCGCAGUUGAAUCUAGAUAAGAAACUUGUUACUACAACAUCAACAUCAACAUCAACAACAACAACAACAACAACAACAGCUGCUACAAACACAAAUUCAAACAAAAAUACAACUACAAAUAACAAACCAACAACUGCUACACCAAAAAAAGAAAACAACACUGAAAAGAAGAAAUCGACAGAGACAAAUCAAAGUAAUAACAAAACAGAACAGGAAUCAGUAAAAAAGAAUAAGAUAUUGGAUAAUUCAAAUGAUAAUACAAGAGAGAAGAAGAAAGUUAAAUUAGAUAAUAAUAGUGAAAAUGGUUCAAAGCAACAACAAGAUAGUGAAGGAAAUGAACAGGCUGAAUCAAAGAAAUCAGAGGUCACUUCAAAUGAUAGUAAAGAUAAAAAGAAAGACGAUAUUAAAGAAGGUGGGCAAGAAGAUGGAGAAGAAGAAGAAGAAGAAGAUGAGGAUGAAGAGGAAUCAACAACAACCACUACAACUACCACAGCAGCAACUACACCAAAACAACCAACAGUUAGAAACAAUAGAAAAGUAAUCACAAAGAUUACACAACAAUUGGUAUUUUUAUCAGAGAAGAAAGAUUUCCAGAAUAUUAGAAGUAACUAUAAUUAUCUGAAAAAGAUUGGAGCUACACCCGAUCAUAUUACCUAUGGUGUAAUGUUGAAUGCAUGUGUUCGAUGUCAGGAGUAUGAUAUGGCAAAGGAAGUGUUUAACGAUGCAUUGAAUACAAAGAAUGGUGCCAACGAAGUUGUCUAUACAACCUAUAUCAAAGCACUUUGUGAGACAAACAUGUCGGCGGCAGAGGCGAUGAUCGAUCAGAUGAAGCAACAAAAUAUAGCACUCAAUGCAAGAUCUUACAAUUCCAUUCUCAGAGCUUGUAUUCGUAGUGGUGACAUUGCCAUUGCCAAUCGACUGUACACCGACAUGUUAAAGUCAAACAUGGAAGACAGUUCCACCAUUGAAUAUCUAGUUAAAAUCUACGCAGAACAUUUAAUGAUUCCGGAAAUCUGGAAGUUAUUAGGUGAUAAAUAUGAACAAUUUGAAAAUGAGAUAUCACCUGUUGUUUUCUCAAGACUGGCACUAGCAGCAUUGUUGGCAGGUGAUCUAAAGAGUACCGUUAAAGCAUUGGGAAUCAUCGACGAUAUUUUGUCGAAAGCACCAAGGGCAAUUGCAACGGCAUCACAAUCUCAUCACAAGAGUCAAGGUAAACGUUCGGAACACAACAAAGUAUCUGCAUCUCUAUUCGAGAGAAUCAAUCGUCAUGAAAUCAAUGAAGAAUCCGAAAGAGUUAGAAGUUGUCUACAACAACUAUCAAAACAACAAAGGAAAUUAAAAUGUUUACCAAUGGAACAAUCUAAGCGUGUCAAUUUCUCACCGGUUACAUUUAAGAAUCUAUACGAAGAGAACAAAGAGUUGGAAGAGAAUAAAUGGUUUUUGGAUAAGUUGUUCAAGGAUUCAAGAGAUCAGGAAUCACCACGUCAAGUAAAGAUGGAGAUAUGUUCGGGUCACGGUCAUUGGAUUUCGAAGCGUGCCGCACAGGAUCUCGAUGCUGACUGGCUCUCUGUCGAGAUAAGAUACGAUCGUGUCUUCCAGAUCUGGUCGAAAUUGAUACUCGACUCGAUCGAUAAUCUAUAUAUUCUGGCGGGUGAAGCCAACUCGGUGCUGAAGAACUCGGUACCGAGUGAUUCUCUCGAUGAGGUCUACAUCAACUAUCCAAAUCCACCGGUGUGGCCAGGUGCAUGGCGUCUCAUCAAUCACGAUUUCCUCGUCGACAUUCAUCGUACUCUCAAGAAAGACGGUACACUCACCAUCGUAACGGACGACCAAGGCUAUGCCGACUCUGUUGUUCAACUCCUCAAGAAAUCACGUAAACUAGCAAAGAUCUACAAACCAGUCAAAGAAGAUUACAUCUGUCAGCUCGACGAAGACUAUGGUUAUUCAUAUUUCAACAAGCUUUGGUCUAAUGGUCAGAGAAUGAAGAGAUAUUGUAUCUAUAUCAUUAAAGAUUAA